CACUUUUCUCGUCUCUUCUUUUCUCUUCAAUAUCACAACAACACACUUCUCUUUCUCUCUCUACUCUUUUCUAUUACCAUCUCUUUCAGUGUUUAAAUGCAUCCGAUUACCUCAUUUCCACAUCCAUUUUUCCUGCCCUCUCAAAGAGUUUCAAAACUAAUAAAGGGCUGAUGGAUUGAGUGGAAAAAGGUGAGAUCUUUACACUUUUGGUGAAGUGGGGUUUGUUUAAUUCUGCUGUGGUGGGGUAUUUAGAGAGAGGAAGAAGAAGAAGUUCUUGUGACUGUUUGGGUAAACAGCACAAGAAGGAUACGAUUAGCAGCAGAUGUUAUCCACUGAAAUCCCUCCUUCAGAUCUCUGUGGCAGUGAUGAGAGGGCAUCUGAUGAUAAUCAGCACCAGCUAGGGGUAGAUCUGUUCAAGCCAGGCCUUGAUUACAACAACCCACCUCCCAACUUCUCCAUAAGGGAUUAUGUAUUCAAUACAAGGGGCAAAGAUAUCAAGAAUAACUGGCCAUUCUCUCAGAAGAAUUUGCAGCUUUGUUUGAAGCAUGGAGUCAAGGAUGUGUUGCCUCCUUUCCAUUCUCUCGGUUCUGUGACAAACCCAACUAUAGACCAACAACAUGCAGUUGAUAGUUUAAGGUAUUCUGAUGUGAAAUAUCCUCCGUCGUGUGACCAUGGUUUUCGCAAAAGGCCAGCUCUGAACAUUGAGAACAUCGACUCCAGUGAAUGUGAAGAGGAUAAAGAAUUCCCAUCAACCACAACUAGCCAAUCAUGCUCUGAUGUAAAUUAUGUUCCCCCAAUCAGAAAUAAUUGCUCGGGACCAGAAGCUAGAUAUCUGCGGAGUGAGAAGCCCGGGUUUGCAGUUCGAGAGUCCAAGAAGGCUGAAAGUUCCAUUCAAAGCCCAGUUAAAAAGUGCAGAUUGGUUGUCAAGUUAAACAAUAUUUCUGAACCGAGAUUAAUCGAAGAUUCUGCCGUGGUUUCAGAAACAAUGGCUUCAAAAGUGUGCCCCGUGUGCAAGACAUUUUCGUCGUCUUCUAACACCACUUUGAAUGCCCACAUAGAUCAAUGCCUUUCUGGUGAGUCCACGAUCAAAUGGAAGACAAAUUCUAAAGUGAUCAAGCAUAGAAUAAAACCAAGGAAAACAAGAAUGAUGGUGGACAUAUAUGAAACAGCGCUAUGCUGUACACUGGAGGAUCUUGAUAAAAGAAAUGGAACAAACUGGGCUUCAAAUAAGGGCCUUCUUCAACCUCAGGAUCUGGAGGUGCCCGGUGAGGAGGAGGAGAACAAGAAAACAUAUUUGCCACUUGAAGUUGAACACCUCAACCAGGAAGGUGCUGUGUAUAUUGACUCAAGUGGUACUAAACUUCGAAUUCUAUCAAAGCUCAACAACCCACCUUCAAAGACAAAUGUUAAUGAUUCUGGAGGAUGCAAGUUGGCCAAAAGAGAUAAAGGAAACCAAUUGCUUCUGAGUAAGAAGAAGAAAAAGAAGAAGAGAAAGAAGCAUACUGUCCAGAGACUUGACGUUCAGAAGAAUUCUGUUGAUGGCCAAGGAAGCUGCUCUCCCAUUCCUGAUCAACUUUGCGACUGCCCUCCACAUGGUCCGAAAACUUGCUAUCCCAGGACUGAGGUUAGUGAUGAUCAUCCGAAGGUAUAUUCCUCUGAAGGUCAGAAGGAGGAUGAUCCUACAAAGUCCCCCAUAGCAUCUAAACAUAUGAAGUCCGAUGAUUUUGGAAUGAUUAAACAGUGGGUAGGCUCCAAGCGUACUGGUCUAAAAAAGAAGAUCAAGAUCAAUCUUGAACUUGAAAAUCAGUGUCCAGAUAAAAAAAGUGUUUCGUCGCUUGGUGAUAGAGAAAAUAGUGCCCCUAUAUCCUCAAUUUCAUCCGAUGAAAAUCAUGUGUUACCUCCUCAAGUCCUCAAAAGAAAGGAAAACCUUUGCAGAUCUGUUGAAGGAUGGACAGAACUACUUUGUUUAAGAAAGGGACCUGGAAUUCCCUCAGCCAGAUCUGAACAAAUAACUGAAAAGAAAAAUCAUUUGAUGUCCUCCAAAUUCAAUGUUAAGCAGUCGAGAAGAGUCAGCACAUCAGUUCAUGAUCACCUUGUGGAUCCUCCAAAUCGUGGACAAAAUCACACCCCUUCUCGCAGUAUUAAGAGAACUGGGAUAAGCAGCAGUCCAACUGUGAAAAAGGACAGCUCUUUUCUUGGCCCAAGCGGCUCCCAGUAUCGUACUCUUUCUUCUGAAAGCAAGACAGCUACACAUCCAAGAAAAAUGUCGUUGGGCCGUGCAAUGUCAUCUGGAGGUAAGAAAUUUUCUUCCUUGAAGACAAAGCUGAUGUCUGGGCGGAAUGCAUCUGGUGCAGAACUGAAGAAGAAUUUGGGGGGAGAUCUUUCAUUUUUCAAGAAACCUAGGCUGCAUUGCAAUUCUCGAACAGGUGAUGAGGCAGUAGUCUCACAGCCUAUAUUUCAUGCAGAAAAUAAUCUGGUGGGUGAGACUGCAACUCUAAUGGAGAAGAACUGUGGCGAUCCAUCAAUGAAUAGAACUAGGGUUUUAAAACUUCGGAAGAGAAUAGGGAGAUUUUUGAACACAGGUGAAAGAGACAUGACGUCCAAGGGCUCUAAGACAUCACACGAGUUUGAUAGUCAUGAUGUUGGGAAAAAAAUUGAUUCUUUUAUCAGUGUCAGUGUUCCAUUUGAUACAUCCAGUGUUUUAGAAGAAGAGGCUGAAAUGAUAGAUGAUACUGUUUGUGAGCCAGCUGAAACUGAAAGAGAAGCUUUUGUUUCCUUUAGCAAAUCUUUGGAUUCGCCUUUCCCUGGACUAUCUGGUUCAAAUGUUGAAUCCGUUGCACAAUAUUAUAGGAAAGCAUAUGAUGGGCAUUGCCCAAGUGAGCUAGUAUUCCUUGCAGACCAAGAGAUGUUUUGUGCAGACAAUGUUGGCAAGAACUUGGUUACUCCUGAUAGUCGCGAGCUAACGGAAAUGGAUGGUGAUGAAGCACAAGGAAACUACUUUGUUGAUGUAGAUCCAAUUCCCAUACCGGGACCACCGGGCUCCUUUUUGCCAAGUCCUGGGCGUAUGGGCUCAGAAGAACUAUUGGGACAUUCGUCGCUGACCACUUGCAGGAUACAAUCUUCUGAUGAUGGGCACAAAGUUGUUGAUAUGGAUUCAUCGGAUUCUCCCAUUUCUGCAAUGUCAACAGUGUCAAAUUCCAUUACUGGAAGAUCUAGUUCGUUAUCCACCACUAACUUAUCUGCACAAUCCCAGGUCACAGAAGAGAGGAACAAUCCUGUAGUAGAAGGUUCUCCACUCGAGCAGAUUGACAAUGGAGAAAAAGAGCUUAACUUUGUCAAGACGAAGGCCAACUUGAUGUUACCUGAAGUGAACAGUGUAGUCCAGAAUAUCCAGCCAUGCUGUUGCUCUAGGAAGGACGCCUCGCUGCAUGGUGGUUCUAUGGAUCAUCAAGAGUUGCAAACUGUAAGGCGGCGGACUAUGACUCCUCUCUCAGUUCUUGCCCAGGAAAAGGAGAUUAAAUAUGAUGCCAAGAAUGAAAUCCACUGCAUCGAUGUAAGAGCUGAAACACUCUCUGAGAAGGAGCCGCCUCUACCUGUAAUGGGGAAAGAUGUGGCAAAUUCACCCAUAGGUUACACUCAUCAUCCCGAGACAAUGUUCCGAGAUUGUGAGUUUCCGAGUCCCUCUACAUCAAAUCCUGUCCUGAGACUAAUGGGGAAAAACUUAACGGUGGUGAAUAAAGAUGAUAAUCUGCCUAGCCAUUCGAGUAUGACGAUAGAGCCUCCCGGUGUGAGGUUAUGCGUUGAAAAUGCCAGAAUUAGACAGAAUCAGCCCAACUCCUUUCACCACAUGUUUUUACCAGGCCCUUCUCCCAUGUUUGACAACAUACAAGGCGACGUUCCUGCAAACCACUUUGAUUUCAAAUCAUCUGAUCCUUUCAAGAUUCCUACUAACUAUAGGUCGUCUUGUCAUCCGUCAACAGCCAUGCAUCCGACCAUAAACACCCAUGAAUAUGGCCGUGGGUUCAGUUUGGUCAGACCAGAAACAUGUGAUAUUGAGAAAGUCAGUACACAGAAGGCAGAUUCUUGUGUUGGCAGACGCAAGGAAAUAAUCAUCAUAGAUGACGAUGACUCACCUGAAAGCGAAGGGGUCGAAGCAGCACAUUGGCCGUUAAACAUGGAGCCAACGUUGUUUCCUACUGAGUCGAGGCAUGUGAACCCUUUCCCCAGCCAGAUGAGGGUGAAUCAUCAUUCCUUCAAUGGAUCUCCAAUGGUUGCCACCGUGGUUCCACCUUCCAAGGGAAUCGAUGGAAAUAUAGGUAAACGGAAUUGUACAACAGAAGGCUCAAGCGUGCCGCAUUCAAACUCUUCAGCUGCCCCGUUGCCCUCAUUGGCGCACUCUCGGUCCUUGUAUUACUCCCAUGGAUUCUUGUGACCGCAUUUUGCAGCAUAUCGUGCGUGCAACCUCGAGUCAUUUCGUAUUUAAAAGUGACAAAAUAUAGUCUGAUGAAGACAGAUGAGUUUUGAUCUGGAAAAUCACGCCUUGUAAUGUAUAGUGUAUACUAGCACAGGAAAAGUGUUGCUUGUUUGAAAGUACUAUUCUGGGGCUGAUUGAAAGCUCUGGAGAAUCAUAGCAUAUGUAGAGGAAUGGAAUUGUCUUUGAAUAAUGAGUUGUUACAUUACGAUAACUCCUUUUUUUGGCAUGAAGUUGAAUUUCACCGUCCAAUA